ACCAGGCUGUUCAGCAAAUAUCAUUCCACCUCCCCCCACCCCAGUCAGGCCAGGUUCCUGAUCGAAAGGGAUGCUCAAUCUAAAACCUCUAGGUUCCAGACGAGCAACCAAAACAAGGCGAGGAUACAAUCUUUAAUCUAACUCCUCUUGCAUCCAAGGCAGUUGUAUCCAACCACAAGAGCAAUGUUGGCGAGAAAGGGAAUCGUUCCUGAAGAGUACUUAUUGACCAGGCUGGUGGAAGAUGACCUCUCUCAGCCUCGUUACCAAACCAGAUCCAGGAAAGCUCGCUUCAUCACCAAAAAUGGAGGCUGCAAUGUGGCUCACAAGAACAUCCGUGAGCAAGGACGCUUCCUUCAAGAUGUCUUCACCACUUUGGUGGACCUCAAGUGGCCUUACACCCUUGUGAUCUUCACAAUGUCCUUCCUGUGCAGUUGGAUGCUCUUUGCCAUGCUUUGGUGGCUCAUUGCCUUUGCCCAUGGUGACCUGGACACCGAUCAGGACAAUAUUGUUCCCUGCAUCACUAGUAUCACGUCGUUCGCAUCCGCCUUCCUGUUCUCCAUUGAGGUCCAGGUGACCAUUGGGUUUGGAGGCAGAAUGGUGACUGAGGAAUGCCCCUUGGCUAUCACAGUCCUGAUCAUCCAGAACAUCUCGGGCCUCAUUGUCAAUGCAGUCAUGCUGGGCUGCAUCUUCAUGAAGACUGCCCAGGCCAAUCGAAGAGCAGAAACCAUCAUUUUCAGCAAGCAUGCAAUAAUCGCUCAGAGAAAUAAGAAAUUGUGCUUUAUGUUCCGGGUGGGGGACCUGAGAAAGAGUAUGAUAAUUAGUGCCACCAUCCAAAUGCAACUGAUCAAGAAGACCACCACUCGGGAAGGUGAGGUCAUCCCCAUCUCGCAGAUUGACAUCCAAGUGGAGAACCCAGUUGGUAUCAAUGCGAUUUUUUUGGUUUCCCCCCUCAUCAUUAGCCACACCAUUGAUAAGAAGAGCCCACUCUAUGAUUUAUCAGCAGCUGGUCUCCAACAGGAGGACCUUGAGGUAGUGGUCAUCCUUGAAGGGGUGGUGGAGACCACUGGCAUUACCACCCAGGCGAGGACAUCCUAUUUGCCGGAGGAGAUACUUUGGGGCCACAGGUUUGUGCCGAUUGUGACCGAAGAGGAGGGCCGAUACUCGGUUGAUUACUCCAAGUUUGGCAACACCAUAAGGUCCAAGACGCCACUCUACAGCGCCAGAGAACUGGAGGCACAGGAGAGAAGCCAAAAUCAAACGCACAAUGGCCCUAACCUGCCAAAGAGCACCUUCAGGGAAAGAUAUUUCACCAAGACCACCAGUGUCCCCGGAACACGCCUGAAAUCAUUUGUGCGUUUUCAGUCCGUAGAUUCUUUGCCAGAUUUGCAGUCACAAGAGGGGAUUGACUCAAGGUCGUUGCUUCUCUGAAUCAUCUUUCCAUCAUUGUCCCUCCUACUCAAUCAAAUCCUCAUGAUAUUACCAUCCAGACUAAUCAGCCCCACUGCCACCGUUAACUCCUUUUGAAAGCUAAAGGGAUUAAGAGAUAUGAGGUUGGUUGAGUUUUAUUUUAGGCUUUCUCGGGCUUUUUUGAAACUGUGAAUCUCCUCUUCCCAUGUAAAGUUAACAUGGACCAAAUGGCCUUUCAUUCUAUUACCCUGUGCUGGCUCAUUUGAAAGAGCUGUCUAAAAAAUCUUGAGAUCUCAAUCUUUGUCCGUUUGCUCUGAGCAUUUGCAGGUCCUUCAAAACUAACCUUGCCACAUCUGCAGAAGUCCUCUAUAGCAAUGGCCACGGAAUCACAGUCGGGAGCAGGAACCCUGGGCUGUAAUUUACUCUCCAGUUUGAGAUCAAUGAACUCACAUCCUUUAGUCUUCCCAUCUUUUUAUAAUCUACAGGAGAUACUUCUUUUCCCAACAUACUUUUAUCUUUGCCAAGAUUUGGAAGAGUAGUAACAAUGCUACCAUGGGCCUUGAGCCUUAGUUCGUCUGUCUUUUUGUUUUGAAAAUAAAGUGAUGGAGCAACUUAGACACUGACAACAUCCAAUGCCACAUGCUAAGAGCCCAAUGUGAAAUGAGGUGACCACCCUCAUCCAUGUCUUAAUACACACCAGCUUGAACAAAUCAUUGGUAUUCCCAUUGGGUAACCAUCGAAAGGAUAGGGAUUGGAAAAGUAUCAUAUGACCACACACAGAGGUGGAACUGACGCUAAUUGUUAGAGCAGUAUAGAAGCUAAAUUUGUGCCUGACCAUGAUAUGAGUUGUUGAAAUAUGUUCCAUUCCCCAACACCGCAUUCCUUACAAGAAGCACAAGAUUCAGAAAGACAUUUUAAUUGUCCAAAACUCAAAGCAUUUAGAUGAAUGAUAAUUGGAAUGAUGCACAUGGCAACAGUUAUUGCCUGUAAUGUCCUAAUGACCUUGUUGCUGAUUGACAUAUUUUAGGGUGGAGUGGAGGUAUGGAAAGGAGCUCCUUUGAUAAGACCUGGCAAAGGAAGUGGGAAGCAAUAAAAGGUGGAGCAGACUCGAUGGGCCAGACGGCCUACUUCUGCUCUUGUGUCUUAUGGACAAUGUGACUAUGGGGAGAGGCAAUGAGGGAAAAAAUUGGUAGGCAGGGUCUCUGAAUUUUAGAAAGAUGAUAAAUGUCAUUGAAACAAAUAUAGUUCGUAGAGGGUUUGACCAGUAGAUACUGACCCACUGCAGCCAAGGGGAAAACAGAGUCUAGAACACAAGGUCACAGUCUCAGGAAUAAGGGGAUAGCUAAUAGAAAUGAGAUAAGGGGACAUUUCUUCACUCAAAGUUGUGGAUCUUUGAAAUCCUCCAGAAAGCAGUGCCCUAAGUCAUUCAGUAAAUUUAAAAUAGGCAUCAAUAUGUCUUUGGGUGAUCAAAUGAUUGGGCCUUGUGGGAAAAUCUGAGGGACAGUGGUGCAGGGAAGUGGAGUUAAAGUAGAAAAUCAGCCAUUUAUUGAGUGGAGGAGCAGGGUCCAUGGGCUAUGUCUGGUCUUGCUCUUACAUCUUGCUUUCUUAGUAAAGACAUAAGUACUUUUCCAGUCUGAAGACCUGUUGGGAUCGUUAAGCAGAGGUUGAUCUUAUUGAAGAAGACACAUUUGUUUCUACAGCUUAAUAAGACCAUAACAAGGAGGCACAAACUUAAGAUGAUCAUUAAAAAGGUCUAAUGGGGAAGGUUAGAAAAAUAAUCCUUUGACAGAGGCUGAUAAGUGUAAAACCUCCCAAGUCAAACUAUUGUUGCAAACGAAUCCGUCAUCUGUUUUAAAAGGGAAUUAUGGUUAUUUGAAAGAACAUUCAGUAGAGUUGGACUUGAUCGAGGAAGGUAAAUGCUACUACAGAGAACAUAUGGGUUGAAUGGUGUCUUUGCUGUGCUGGCCAAUUCUAUAAUUCAAUCUGCUCUCCUACAUCUCAGGACUGAACACGUCACAUUUUAUCAUUAUUGUUGUGAUAAUGUUGGUUACAGACAUCUGCUGUGAGGUUCCAACAAAUCUGUUUUUUAAUCAGAACACAAUUUUUCAUGUUUUAUUGAGGUCCAAGAGGUAUUUGGAUCUGCUGCGAUUUACUUUGUACUUUGGUAUCUGUGAAAAGUGUUAUAUAA